AUGUCUUCGCUUGAGAGGUUGCCCCCUGAAAUUCUCCAAGAAAUCGUGUCGUACCUCCACGAUGGCUAUGAGCGUCAUCACUUCGGUGGAUACGACCCUCCUCUAGGCCAACACGAGAUAGCGGGGAUCAAGCGCCGCUCAUACCUAGCAUCUCUACGUGCUGUAAAUCUUCUAUUCUACGAUAUUAUCACACCCAUUCUUUUUCAGCAUGCCAUCAUUUACUCUGGCAGCAUCAUAAAAAGAUGGGGCGUAACCGCCGUGACCAGCAACGGCGUUACGGGUACUGCUCGUCUUGUGAAACUGUCAAAGAAUCCUCAGCUUCGCGAAAUUGUCCGCCGGCUGGAAAUUUGCUUGAAAAUAAAGGGUCCAAAUGAUUUCCAAGAAUACAAGCCUGUGAUUGAGGAGAGGGAUAAGGAUUUGCAGUACAUUGCACGAAUGGGCUCAGUGAUUCAUAGCGCAUUGCCUCGGUUUACGAAUCUCAAGAUCCUGAAGCUCAACUUUGAGGACAUUCCUUACAGUUACAGUCAGGACUUUGAUGACCCUGGCCUGAAUAGUUGUUGCUGGGUUCAAGACACAGAGAAUUUCUUCGAGUCCCUGGCAACAGCUCUCUUCAGAUCUGGGCUCAAGAAUCUUGAAGAACUCGACCUAUCGCUGCCUCUCGCUUAUGACUUUGGGCAUUUUCUCGAGGAUGACGAUGAUGGGGGACCGCACUCUCCAAAGGCAUUCUUCAAGCGGCUCAAGCGUCUGAGUGUUCACUACGGACACUGUACUGAGGAAGACGAGGACCUGGAAUUUCGGUAUAACCAAUCUAAUCAAAAGUUCGACAGAAAUCUCCGAGAGUUGAUGCCACUCGCAACAAACCUGGAUACCUUGAAGGUGAAAGGGCCCGAUGUGCUGGUGCUGGAUUCAGCCAGCUUGGAACCCUUGACCUUGGAAGUACUAGACCUACAGAGCCUAUCCAUAACAGGGGAAGCACUUAUCGAUCUCUUUCAACGGUCCACGGCCCUGCGAGAAGUUGUGCUAAUGGGAGUCUAUCUCGAGUCCGGCACAUGGGUCGACAUCCUCACGGCUCUGAGCAAAACGACACUCACAGAUUUCUACAUCGAAACAUGCGGCUAUCAAAAAGAAGGCGAUACUAUCCUCCGCGUCCCCGUCGAUCAAAUUGACCAAGCCAACCAGGACGAUAGUUAUAUCGAGACCAACCGCGCCGAAGACCUUGAGGCGUGUGAAUUGGUGUUUGUGCGGGUUCAUGAGAAUAUGCGCAAGAUACACGGGGAUAAAUACGAUGAGGCGGCGGCUGAGAAGAAGAGAGAGGCUCUGCAUCAGGAUAUUAUUCGGAAGACAGGCUCGCUUGGGGAGUUUUGUAGGAGGUUUUUUGCGGAGAUUGAGCAGGAGGAGGAUAGUGAUGAUGAUGAAGAUUCUGAUGAGGAUAGGGAGAACAUAGCUGAGUUUCUUGAUUUUGCGUUUGGUCAGCGUACUGGAGAUACAGAUGACGAAGCUGGUCUCUCUUCGGAUGUUGAGUCGUCGGAUGCAGGUUUGUCUGGCGAUGAGUAG